AUGCGACGCGAUUUCACUUGGACAUUUACCGUGGCCAACGUGAAGGUACCCAUCCUCGGCGCGGAUUUCCUGGCGCAUUACGCACUGGCGGUCCAUAUGAACCCUAGGACUCUGUCCGAUACGACGACGAAUCUCCGUGUCUUAGGUACCCCCUACACGUCAAGGCUCCACAGGAAUCAGCGUCGCAACAUGCCAUGGUCGCGAACGUUUUCAAAACCAACAUCUCCUUUCGUCGAGGAACUCCGCCACAAAAUGGCCCGGCUUAAAUAUGCAACUCCACGACAGCAACCGGUGAAUUCGUACAUCCCUCAACACUUGCGAGAUUGCAAAUUCGUUUUCGUACGGAACGACGCCGUGAGACGACCACUCACGCCGGCAUACCAAGGUCCUUUUCAGGUUCUUCGACGCACCGACAAGCACCUUACGAUCAAGCGCGCCAACUCGACCGACACCAUCGCAAUCGAUCGGACCAAGCCUGCUUUUCUGGAGAAGCGACAGUAUGACGCAAACCCGGCUCUGCGGCCCCCUAAUGCUAUUCCAGCGCACCCAUCAGACGCAGCACCGCAGACAUCAAACGACACCCCAGCGACUCCUGUGCGGCAGACCCGAUCCGGUAGGAGGGUCACUUUCCAAAGACCUUCGUAA